CUAGGAGACAGUGGGUAGGUGGCUUUCCAGCGGGAUCCCCAGCUGGAGACCCAGAGGCUCGGUGGGGGUGACAGGGAGGGGAAGGACCAGUAGCCUCAGCCCUACUGGGGACCAGAACAGAGACCUCAAGAAGCCUGUGAAGUGCCAAGGGCGCAGCUGGGGACAGCUACCAGAGCCUCCUCAGAUGCUCGCUGCCUGCAGAGCUCAGCCACCAUCACCACCACGCCUUCUAAUGCGCUGGCCUCUCCCCUGGACCGCUCCUGUGGCGCCUGGACCAGCCCGAUGGCUGCACACGAGACAUGCAGCGUCAGAGGCCGCGUGGCGUCCACGGUGCGCUACUGCAUGACGGUCGGCGGCACAGUGGUCCUGGUGAUUGGGACACUCAGCUUUGCGUGGUGGAGCGAAGACGACGCAGCUGUCCAGCCCGGCUCACUGGCCCCCACGGUGGGACAUCCAUCGCGCAAGAUCCCCGUGGUGUGGUUCAAGUCUGUCAGCCUCCUCUGCUGCAGCAUGGGUGGCCUGCUCCUGUUCUCUGGCCUGCUUUGGUCCAUCCAGGAAAGCACAAAGAGGUCGAGCCAGGGGGACCUGUACCAACUCUCCAGAGGCCUGCACCACCUUGCUGUGGAGUCUUCUGAGAAGAGCUGCAGGCCUCCCAAGGAGGCUGUCAUUCCCACUUACGAGGAGGCCAUGUACUGUCCACUGGCUGAGGGUCCCCUGCAAUCCCCGGUGCAGCCCGAAGAAGAAGACCUUCAGUGCCACGCUCAGGGGGAUGCCCUGCUGGGGUCGUCCUCCCUCUUACCCCCACCCAGCUACGAGAGCAUCAUCCUCGCUCAGGGGGCUGUUUCUGGUCCACGUGCUGCAAGCUCCAGCCCAGGUUGAGCUCAGGCUGCAGGGGAGUUACAGGUCCCCAGCAGGCCCUGAAACUGGCCCCUAAGCCAUGAGCUUUGCUCAGGGCAUCCUCCAGUGCUGAGUUCACAGCAGGCACUCAACAGAGCUCU